CGUACACAAAUGGAUAUCAAAAUAGAAGAAGAUUAAUUCUGUUGUGGUACUCAGCCAGAAGAGGAUUUGCCAGCUCUAUGGCCUAUGGGAAAUGAACUCAGGCCAGCAUUAUACUUUUGUGAGGCAUGAAUCAAGUUUAGCUGCAGAAAACCCGAGUCCUUGAAUAUGGCCUUUGCCAGAAAGUAUUGGCAGAACGAUAGCUUUUUAAAACUAUGGCGAGGCAAGGGUUCCUGGUCAGUAAAAUGCAAAUUUGGACAGCAAUAUGCCUUUUUUACAAGUGGUUGGACGACUUUCGUGGAAGAAAAUCACCUAAAAGUAGGUAAUGUUUGUGCUUUCGAAUAUAUUAAGAACCCCUCUUCUGUCAGAUUAAAAGUCUCUCAUUUCGGAGGAGAAGAUAUUUCGUCUCACAGGCCAUUAACUAAAGUUUCGAUGGCACCAUUUUAUGUGGGGUCCCCGCUCACGAUGGACGGUAGCUAUUUAAGACUACACGUUUUAGGCAAGGGAUCCUGGAGAGUAAAUGGGGUUGCACUUGUGUCUCUGGCCCUGUUUGGUGCUUUUGUGAGUCGGGCUGAAACUUCAACCGUCUAUAUUUUGACCCCCAAGGUCUUCACUGGUUUGAUUGUUGGUGUCAUGCUUCCCUACUGGAUCUCUGCCAUGACCAUGAAAAGAGUUCUUUCUUUUUAAAUGAAUAUUUUUGGUUCUUAUAGAUUAGUGGUCAAGAGACUAUAAUGAUUCAAUAGAUCUUUCUAUUGAAGUAGUUUAGAUAAACGAUAAUGUGUUUGUGUUUGGUGCUGUUCUUGUGUUAGGCUUUCAAAUGUAAUAUUAAAUUGAAGUCCUUUUUUUAACUAUUAAAACAAUUUCUAUCUUGCCCUUUGCGCUU